CCCUGCCCAUGGCAGGGCGGUUGAAACUAGAUGAUCACUGUGGUCCUUUUCAACCCAGGCCAUCCUAUGAUUAUUUGUCUAUUGCUUUACUACUAAAUUUGUUGAGUAUUCAUCUUGUGGUGAACCACAUAAUUCUUGAAAUAUUCUGCACAGCCAAAAAGUGACCUAAUUGCUGAGAAUUGGACUAAUGUAAGUCUCAUAAUGCAGCUGAGUUGUGGCAGAGGUUUGCUUUUAUUCUUGUAACGGUUUAAUGUGGAACUCAAGAUAGAGGAUUCGUUUUAUAGAUACUUUCUGCAUGUUGACAGCACCCUUCUGUCACAUCUGAGAUAAUAAAUUUUGCCAGUCUUUCUCACUGUAGUUUGAGAUUAUCAAACCAGCUUUGCAUAAGUAGAAGUGAAAAAGGAGUAAUUAAUCAGUGAUGAUGCUUUCUCUGGAAUUUACUUAUUUAUUAUGUUAAGUACUUAUAAAGAGUGGCUGGGUAUUGUUAGCAUUUUCCUGUUACUUGACAUAAGCCACAAUUUCUGAUCUACUUCUGACGUCAGUUAUAAAACUGAUCUCUGCCAACUCAGUGGUAUCCAUUUAGAACACCACUGCUGUAUCCUUUUAUUUUUUUCUCAUUUUCAGUCCUUUAAAACUCAUGGCAGUGCAGUUUGUAAUUCUUGAGGCUCGAACACAGACAAAAUGCUUAUGUCAGCUUCUGCAGUGAAUGCACACAGCAUACAUAAAAGGUGGAUGGAUCCUCCGAAAAGCCUGGAAAAUUUACAAUAAGUGCUAUACGGACAUUAAUACGCUUCAGGAAAUAUAUCAGAAGAAAACUACUCAGGAAUCCUUGACUUCUGAUGCUGCAAAUGAUAAUCAUGUUGCCGCAGAAGGUGUAACGGAGGAUUCGCUAAACAGACUGAAAGGUGCUGUUAGCUUUGGAUAUGGACUUUUUCAUCUUUGCAUAUCCAUGGUGCCCCCAAACCUGCUCAAAAUCAUCAACCUGCUGGGUUUUCCUGGAGACCGCCUACAGGGGCUUUCUUCACUGAUGUAUGCAAGUGAAAGUAAGGACAUGAAGGCCCCUUUAGCUACAUUAGCUCUGUUGUGGUACCAUACAGUUGUUCGCCCCUUUUUUGCUCUUGAUGGCAGCGAUAACAAGGCAGGAUUGAAAGAGGCAAAAGAGAUUCUUGCAAAGAAAGAAUCUGCUUACCCAAAUUCUUCUCUGUUCAUGUUCUUCAAGGGAAGGAUACAGCGAUUGGAGUGUCAAAUCAACAGUGCCUUGGCUUCAUUUCAUACUGCUUUGGAACUUGCAACAGACCAAAGGGAGAUUCAACAUGUCUGCUUAUAUGAAAUAGGCUGGUGCAGCAUGAUAGAGAUGAAUUUCAAAGAUGCCUUUGAAUCCUUUGAAAGGCUUAAAAAUGAAUCCAGGUGGUCUCAGUGCUAUUACGCUUAUUUAACAGCAGUGUGCCAAGGAGCCACUGGUGAUGUCAAUGGUGCUCAGAAUGUGUUCAAGGAAGUUCAGAAGCUUUUCAAAAGAAAAAAUAAUCAGAUUGAACAAUUUUCAGUGAAAAAGGCAGAUAGAUUCAGAAAACAAAUGCCAACCAAAGAGCUCUGUGUCCUGGCAUCCAUUGAAGUACUGUACUUAUGGAAAGCCCUUCCAAACUGUUCCCUCUCCAACCUACAACAUAUGAGCCAAGCUUGUCAGGAUGUUGAUGAUUCAUCAGCUGUUGGUCUGAGGAAUUUGCUUCUUGGUGCCAUACACAAAUGCUUGGGAAAUUCUGAAGAUGCUGUUCAGUACUUUCAGCAGGCUGCUAAAGAUGAACUGUGCCGUCAAAACAACUUGUACAUCCAGCCAUAUGCUUGCUAUGAGCUUGGCUGUCUUCUAUUAGACAACCCAGAGACCGUGCCAAGAGGCAAAACCUUACUUCUCCAAGCCAAGGAGGAAUUUACAGGCUAUGACUUUGAGAACAGAUUGCACGUCCGCAUCCAUGCAGCCUUAGCCUCUCUAAGGGAAGUUGUUCCACAGUGACGGACAGGAAGUCGUGUUGUCCAUUCCCACAGUUUCUGCACUUUAGGACGAAGCAGAAGAAAAAGCUGUUGGGAAGACCAGCUUUUCUUCUGGAAACCACUUGUGCCAGAGACACUUUCAUAGUAUGGUUAAGAGUUGGUAUGGCUUAGUAAAAUACUACAACUUCAACUGAAAGUAAAUCAACCAAGCAGAAGGUUAAGUGACCUUGCGUAUUUUAACUCUUCAGUUUUUAGUUUGUUUAAACCAAGGGGAACACGGUUAUUAAGCGACUCAUCAGGAGAGCCUAAAUAAGCACACAGCUUACUUCCAUGUUGGCAGAUGGGAUCUUUUUAAAAACAUUUUAAAGUAGAUCUGAAUCUAAAAUAUGCUAAAGGGGGGAGAGUUUCUGUUUUGAUUAGAAUACAAUAAAAGUAGUUGGUACAAAUGUUGAAGAAGAGAGUGGGCAGAACACUUAUUUUCUUGAAGCAUUAGCCAAAACACAAGAGAAGGAAAACCAUUCAGCCACAAAAAGCAGAUCUUGCUGAAUUUUAGAGGUUUAUUUCAGUGAAUUCAUGAUGAAUAAUUUGCCACUUUAAAACCCCCUUUCCAUUAUUUGUUGUUUCCCUCUCAGCUCAUACUCCUGAUAUAAAUUCUGUCAACACUUAGGAUCUUUGCUUCUGGUACAUUCCAGCCAAAUACUUUGCUUUACGUGUAAUUACAGUGAGGGUGAUUUUCAUUUUGCUCUUAAUAUUCUGACCAGUGCAUUCAGUUAAGUAGGCCACAUACAGUAAUUUUACGUGUUUUCCAUUGAAGCUGCUGAACUUUUAUCACAGUGACUUUUACAGCUAUUAAAACAGACAAAAUAGUACACCCAUCACCCACUUCCAACCCUAUUUUUGUAGUUUUACCAAUGCUAUGCUAUCUUAAGUCUCUAUAUGAUAUUCCAAAUUUGUGGUGUUGAAUACUGAAAUGUCUCUGAAAGCUUGAAACUUAUAUCAUGAAUACAUGUAUGGGAACUGUUGAAUCACGGCAUGAACCUCUUAUUGAUCAGCUGAGGCGAGCACUGAGUCAGCUGUGGGAGCACAGGUGAAGGCAAUUCAUUUGUGUGACUGGAAGGGGUGGAGCCUGGCUGCACCUCUCCUAGACCCCAUUUAAGGGCUGGCUGCCAGUGGCAAAGGAGCUCUUUCCAGAGAUUACUCCUCUUGGAGUUUUUCCUGCGAGCCUAUGACAUGGCUGAGCACUUUCCAUUUGUUUCCGAUCAUCCCUUUCCAAUGCGAUAAUCUUUUUAGCUUUACAGUCUGUGGAUACCAAUCUGACCACACCACUCUGUAUAUUUGUUGACUGCACAAUCACAUAUGUAUUUUUUUUUAAUGCUGGCCAUCUGUAGCUUUUUUAAAAAAACAAAAAACAAAAUCAUGUUGUCUGUAGCAUCUCCCUAUGUUGUAUAUUCAGUUAAUAUCAUUACCUAGAAGGUAAAUAUUUUUUUAAAGAAACUUAUGAAUGGAAAUCUGACCAGGAAGUUAAUUGAAUUAUGUUACUUUGCAGAGCUAAGAAACCUGGAUAUCUUUGGAAAUAAUUCUCUAAAAGCCUUAUCCUUGCUUUGGUCAGGUUGCCUUAAACAGUUCCUUUGCUUAAACGUUUUUCUUCUUUUUCUAACUUGUUGCAGAAGACGUUGCUGUGUUGCCAAGGUUUCAUACCUUGCCCCACAUCUAACCUUCAUUGAUUUGCUUUUGAGGUUGCAUCUAAAGCAAGACUGACAUGGAGGAGAAAAGUAUUACUGGAUCUGGUAGGCCAAAGGAAAUUGGUUGCACUCCUUGAGCAGUUACACUCUUCUGUUGCAGUUCCUGAAGGAGAGACUUUAUUUUUCUAAAAUGUUGGUCAGAUAGCUGUUGGCUUUUCUAUUCCGUUUAAUCAGUAAUACUGAAUCACAAAAGAGUGUUCAGUCUUUUUUGAAUUGGUCAAUCCAAAUAAGUGUUGAGUAGAGAACAAUACAUUGUGUCUGUAUAUACAUAGCAAAUUCGUAGAAUCCAAAUUUUAAUUUUCAAGAAAGGUCUUCAGUGUACUUGAAAUCUUAUUUUGUGUCAGAGACACAGUCCACUCUGGGUAAAUAGAUAGGAACAGUGCAUUUAAUGGCAAAAUUCCUUUAAAACACACUGCUUAAGUAUACCCUGUCUAUUCAGGACACAAAGCACCUGCAUGUGAUUGGUGUUGGGAUGUCUGAGGUCUACAGACAUUGGAGGUAGCUAGCAAAUUGUAGUAAACUUGAGUACAAGGCCUGUUCUGCUCACUGGGCCAAGAGUGAGUCCAAAAAGACACUAUAUAUUCAUGUAAAGGUUUAUCUCUGUGCAAGUUGCAGCUUUUCUGUGGAUUUAGCAAACUGUCACUGAAAUGGAACCAUCGGUUUCUGUAACUUUUUUUUUCUCCCUCCAUAGGAGAAUCUCCCGCUUUGUAAAUGUCACGUUUAUUUUUUAUGUUAGAUUGUGCCUGUGAUGAGAAAAAUUUCAACUGUAUUUUGUGCAAACUGAUAGGUUUUUAUACUUUGGAACUCGGAGGCAUGGUCUAAUAGCAAUAAUAGAAUAUGCAUCUUGCUAGUUAACAUGUUAAGAAUAUCUUUACUGAGUCAGGUAUUUUUUUGUUGAUGUCGAUGCAGUUUUUAUCUCAAUAUGACUCAUUUCAAAUAAAUAACUAGAAUUUAUAGAUGUCACAAGGUGGCAUAUUUAUUGUGACGUACUGUAAAUGUUGUUAAUUUACAGAACUUGCACUUUUAUAUUUCUGAGUAAAAUUAAAAGAAACGUGGACAUGCGUUUUGUUCCCUGGCUCCUUGAAUCUGUCUUUCCAAUUGGUGGCCUCCUCAACAGGGUGGUGUCGAGCACUGGAAAAACUUCUGGGAUGUCAAGUGACUCUGUAAGAAAGCUUUCUAGUCAGUAAUUACCUCAGCUUCUGCUCUUCCAGUAUGAUUUCGGUCUCCUGGUUUAGGAAGUGAGUUACACGUGUCAUGUUGAGGUCAACCAUAGAACGAACGAGGUUUACCAUGCUUCUAAGAAAAGCCCGACACAAGCGUGUUUGUUGUAUCCCUACACUUUGGAAAAACGCUUCUAAUUUGCUCUAAAGCGAGCCCUUUAAUUCCUCCUGUCUCUGAUUGUUUCCUAUUCUAGCUAUGCUUUAUUCUGAAAUAAAAUUCCCCAAAUGUGGUACUGAA